AUGAGUUAUUCCAAGCUCCAAUUCGCGACUUCUGAGGAUUUCCCUGCACAAACUACCGCCAUGUUCAUAGCACGAAGCGAAUAUGACCGCGGCAUCAACACCUUCUCGCCCGAAGGCCGUCUCUUCCAAGUUGAAUACUCUCUAGAAGCCAUUAAGCUUGGAUCAACAGCAAUAGGUGUAGCUACAGGCGAGGGCGUAAUCCUUGGUGUAGAGAAGCGCGUCACCUCCACCCUCCUCGAGACCAGCUCGGUUGAAAAGAUUGUCGAGAUUGACCGCCACAUUGGCUGUGCCAUGUCUGGACUGCAAGCCGAUGCACGAAGCAUGAUCGAGCAUGCCCGCGUUGAGAGCCAGAACCACGCCUUCAACUAUGCCGAGCCCCUACGAGUCGAGAGUUGCACGCAAGCGAUAUGCGAUUUGGCGCUGAGGUUUGGUGAGGGUGCAGAGGGUGAGGAGAGCAUCAUGAGCAGACCAUUUGGUGUUGCUCUGUUGAUUGCGGGUUACGAUGAGGAUGGCCCGAGUCUAUACCACGCUGAGCCUUCUGGUACAUUCUACCGCUACGAUGCCAAAGCUAUCGGCUCCGGAUCCGAGGGCGCGCAAGCAGAGCUGCAAAACGAGUUCCACAAGUCGCUGACCCUGGCUGAGGCCGAGGUUCUUACGCUCAAGACGCUGAAGCAGGUCAUGGAGGAGAAGCUGGAUAGUAAGAACGUGCAAUUGGCGAGUGUCACAAAGGACAAGGGCUUCAGGAUCUAUACCGACGAGGAAAUGGCUGAGGUGGUCGGAAGGCUACCAACCAACUAG